AUGAUCAUGGUUCCACACAUGAGAGUCCGGCAAUGGCAGUUGCAAAUCACGCAUACUCAACCAGAAAGCGGAAAUACCGACCCAGUACUGCUGAAUCGUGACAAGUCGACUCCUACAUUGCAGGAUGCUAUAGUUCGAUUUUUCAUACGACUCGCGAGAAUGGCUGAAACGCUUUGCGGCCGAGCUUCAUACAGACCUUCCGAAUUUUUUGGGGAGCUUGCUGACUUAUUUGACAAGCUGAAAGACAGUUUAGGAUUGGAACUAGAUGAGUAUCUGGUGUUGGUGAAACAAUACGUGAAACGGAAACUGACUUUACAUCAACUGCGUCAUUGUGUACUAGAAGUGCUCGCAGACGAAUGCUUGUACGUCCAUGACCGGUUCAUUCAAGUUCUAUCGAAAGGCUGUCAUUUGGAUGCAGCCGAAAAAGUGGCUAAUGUACAAAAUUUGGUUCCGCCUGCUGCUGUUGUCAACGCCUUACUUGUGUUGCGGUGUCUAGAGAAUGGCUGGGCAGUUCCAGAUCCAAGUGCUGGACAUCUGCUCAGCUUUGCGAUUAAGGGAAUUAUGGCUGAUCGGAUCGACUGUGCAGCGCAUGUUAUGGCAACCAGUAUAUCACCUCAGUCACAAGAUCGUUCUUUUCACAAGAGCAAAAGUACUCGCAAAGCGUCGCCACUGAAUGAAAUCACAAUUGCGGAUCUCUAUGACUCGUUUUCGAAUUGUGAGCAUCCUGUUGGGAGUAAGACGAGCAACUUCUUGCGGAUGAAAUGUCAUGCUGAUUUCUUCCUGAAACUAGAGUCUUCUGUCAUUGAAAAAAGUCCACAAGCUGCAACGGCUAGAACAUCAUUGCAUCCGAAAAGUCUACCGACCGCUGAAACCUCUACUGAACUGCAUUUCACUCGCAUCCCAGAUGAUGUAUGCAUGGAAGUUUUGGUAGCCACAGAAGUAUUCGAUAGUAUUGCGCUCUCAGUAGUUGCUGUGCAAGAGAAAAUCCGAACACCUGUGGAAGAGCCGUCGUCACGCAUAUCACGCACUCGUGCUAGAGAGCAUGCGUCUCAAGUUGCUCCGAGCCAAGCAGUGAAUGCCAAGGCAUUUCUGCUCAAGCCUGGUCUUGAGCAGCAUCUGGAAAAAGUUGAACUUCCCAUAGAGGCGCGACCCCAAGUUAGCGGAAUCACUUCGUUUUCAACAAGGACAAAACCAGUGAAACGAAAGUUGUCUGGGGAAUCGGAUGCUCUGAGCUCAGUGCAACAGAGCAAGGCGAUGCCAGGUUCAACUUCGAGACCAUCACGGAAAUCUGCCAAGGUCAUUCCGCAAGUUGCUGGACCUGGCUCGGUGGAGGCGAGCUACUCAUACACCGCUGAAGGAGCGCACGUUGUGAAGGAGCCUACAUCCACUCGCUUACCACAAGUCGCUUCACAACGUGUUCCUACUAUUGUUCGAGAAGGUGUUAGUGCAGUAUCAAAACAUCAUGUCUCCUUCGAACGCGAUAUGCCAUCUCCGCCUCCAGCUGAACCGAUGACAAAGUUCUCGAGUAGGUCGGCGGAAGACUUGUACAGAAAGGUCGUAGAGUUCUCAUCUGGUUCAAAAAGGAAUAGAGCAGCGCCAGUCGCUCAGCCAACCACUACCAAGUCUCGCGCUCGCAAGUCGGAAGGUACCGCCGCUACUCGUCAUUCUCCCAGAGUUUCGACGGCGCAAGCGAUCAUUGAUGCAUGGAGAGCGUCCUCAUUUGAAGUUCUUCCACCGAACUCCUUUAUAUCUCCUACUAAACGUGACACUUCCGCUACCAAAGAAUUGUUCCGUGAUUUACCUAAAAAGUCUUCCAUCGAUGAUUCCGUCCCCAUUGGAAAACCAGGAUUACGCUCUGGCAAGGAAGCCAAAACCCCAGCGGCUUCGACGUCAAAAGAUGUAGACAAAGUCGAUGAGAAGACAAAGGGUGAUGUGAGCAAGAAGCAGUCUAAGGAUCGAAAAAUUGAGCAAAACGUCACCAACUUGCCCUCAGAUUCCCAAAAAGAUCGACCUAAAGAACCUAGUAACCUUCAAAAAGAUCGACCCAAAGAACCUGGUAACCUUGAAAGUCGCCGCAAGAUCGUGGGCGAUAGCAAAAAGCCAGCUGCAAAGGAAGUUACAUCGGCUGCUAAGGAGUCGCCGAGCAAGGUGAAGUCAGAAAAAUUGACAUCUAGAACUCGUUCCCCACAAAAGAUUAAGAUGGGACUGGGCGAAGCGGGACCAUCCACAGCUCCAAACAAGGGCAAAUUAAAACCAGCAAAACCUUCAGGCGAGGAGUCGAGGACCAGUCCCUCGUCUAGACGACGCAAUAUCACUUCGGAGUCGUCCCCGUAUUCCUCCCCCGAACGUAUGCGAUCCGCUGAUCAGAAACAAGGCAAGAAGAGCGGAAAACAUAGCGCUGGUAAAAGCGAUAAACCAUCAUCGCAUCGGUCACCUACGCAACAGCCAAAAGUUACACAACCAUCGAAGAUACCAGUGGAAUUUUCUAUCCCCUCCAUACAAAAUUACAAAAUUCCCAAAUUACCCAAGGCUCAGACUUCUUCUGAGGCAAAGCCGGUUGCAAAAGUUGGUGGCACCUCACCCUUGCUGGCAGAGUCGAAUGUGCGAGUGACUAGAAGUGCAAAGGAUUCUGUGUCGUUCUCGUCUGGCGAUGAUUCUGAUCUGCACGAUGCAUCUGUCAAAGACGGGCGCAAUAUGAAGCAUAAAAAAGUGGCUGUCAAAAAUCUACCCCAGAAAAGUGCCCACUCUGCGAGCAUGUCACAACCAAGCUCUUUGGAGAAGUUGGCCGAUUCUCGCUAUGCUAUAGGAAAAAAGAAAGAUGGAAAAGAUCGAGCUAGAACACACGAAGAAUCCAGGAUUGCCCCAACCUUUCGUUCUUCAAGCCAAUCUAGCAUGGACGAUGAUCGUGGACAUUCGAGGAAAUCUCAGGUAGCGAAGCAGACAGGCAGAGCAGCUUCCAAAGAAGUGAGUGCUUCCAAACGUACUGAGAAGCAUCGAAGCGGGCGUAAUGUUAGCGGAGAGGAAUCUAGUGAAUCAACAGGCGAGCGCAGAUCUCGUCGUCGUUAGUCAGACUUCUAAGUACAGCUUGCAAAAGAAUCCACCCAACAUUUUGCUUCUUCAAGUCAUUUGUUCUUUUGAAGAAAGUUCUUGUUACACUUCGUCAAGUUUCGCUUGCGUGUCAUUGUAAGAUAAAUAUGUUCA